GAGAGAGGAUGGAGGGGAGCAGAAGUGGGAGGAGGAUGGAGCCCUCCUUCUGACCUCGUAGUGGGGAAAAGAAUCAGCCGCCAGAGGAGGCGAGGGAACCCGAGCGAGAAGCAGAGAGGGUGUGAGAAGGAAGGACUGGCAGGGCGCGCGCAGAUGUUGGUGUCCUCAGGGCAAGGGAUGCCCUCUGCAUCUUCAUUAGUAAACCUUCUUUCAGCUUUAUUCAUCUCUUUUGUAUUUGGAGAAACAGAAAUAAGGUUUGCUGGGCAAACAGAAUUUGUUGUUAAUGAAACAAGUACUACAGUUAUUCGUCUUGUCAUUGAAAGGAUAGGAGAGCCAGCAAAUGUUACUGCAAUUGUAUCGCUGUAUGGAGAAGACACUGGUGAUUUUUUUGACACAUAUGCUGCAGCUUUUAUACCUGCGGGGGAAACAAAUAGAACAGUGUACAUAGCAGUAUGUGAUGAUGAUUUACCGGAGCCUGAUGAAACUUUUAUUUUUCACUUAACAUUGCAGAAACCUUUAUCGAAUGUGAAGCUUGGGUGGCCAAGAACUGUUACUGUGACAAUAUUAUCAAAUGACAAUGCAUUUGGAAUUAUUUCAUUCAAUAUGCCUUCAUCAAUCACAGUGAGUGAACCCAGGGGCAGAAAUGAGUCUGUGCCUUUUAUUCUCAUUAGGGAAAAGGGGACCUAUGGAAUGGUCACUGUGACUUUUGAGGUAGAGGGUGGCCCAAAUCCCCCUGAAGAAGAUUUGAGUCCAGUUAGAGGAAAUAUCACCUUUCCCCCGGGGAGAGCAACAGUAAUUUAUAACUUGACAGUACUUGAUGAUGAGGUACCAGAAAAUGAUGAAAUAUUUUUUAUUUACAUGACAAGUUUAGAAGGAGGAGCUGAGAUUAACACAUCUAGGAAUUCAGUUGAGAUUAUCAUCAAGAAAAAUGAUGCUCCUGUGAGAUUCAUUCAGAGUGUUUACUUGGUGCCUGAGGAAGACCAUGUACUCAUAAUUCCAGUGGUUUGUGGAAAAGAUAACAAUGGAAAUCUGAUUGGAUCUGAUGAAUAUGAAGUUUCAAUCAGAUAUACAAUUAAAACUGGGAAUUCAACAGCACAUGCCCAGCAAAAUUUAGACUUCAUUGAUCUUCAGCCAAACACAACUAUUGUUUUCCCACCUUUAAUUCAUGAAUUCCACUUGAAAUUCCAAAUAGUUGAUGACACCAUACCAGAGAUUGCUGAAUCAUUUCAUAUUAUGUUGCUAAAGGACACCUUACAGGGAGAUGCCGUGCUUGUAGGCCCUUCUAUUGUUCAGGUUACCAUUAAGCCAAAUGACAAACCUUAUGGAGUCCUCUCAUUCAACAGCAUCUUGUUUGAAAGGCCAGUUAUAAUUGAUGAAGAUACAGCGUCAAGAUUUGAAGAAAUUACAGUGGUUAGGAAUGGCGGGACCCACGGGAAUGUUUCUGUGAACUGGGUGUUGACACGCAACAGCAGUGAUCCCUCACCGGUGACAGCAGAUAUCAGACCAAGUUCUGGGGUUCUCCAUUUUUCACAAGGGCAGAUGUUGGCCUCAAUUCCUUUUACCAUUGUUAAUGAUGAUCUCCCAGAAGAGGCUGAAGCUUUUCUACUUAAAAUUCUGCCUCAUACAGUACAAGGAGGUGCUGAAGUGAGCGAACCAGCAGAGCUUUUGUUUUACAUUCAGGAUAGUGAUGAUGUCUAUGGCUUAAUAACAUUUUUUCCUAUGGAAAAUCAGAAGAUUGAAAGCAGUCCAGGUGAAAGACAUUUAUCCUUGAGUUUUACGAGACUUGGAGGAACUAAAGGAGAUGUGAGGAUGCUUUAUUCUGCACGUUACAUUCCUGCUGCAGUUGUGGACCCCCUGCAAGUGAAGAAUGGCAUCUUAAAUACAUCCAGGAAAAACAGUCUCAUUUUUCCAGAACAUAAAACUCAAGUUACUACACAGUUACCAAUAAGAAAUGAUGCCUUCCUUCAAAAUGGGGCCCACUUCAUAGUACAGUUGGAGAGUGUGAUGUUGGUGAACAUAAAACCCCCAAUCCCACCUAUAAGUCCUAGAUUUGGGGAAAUCCGAAAUAUUUCUUUACUGGUUACUCCAGCCAUUGCUAAUGGAGAAAUUGGCUUCAUUAGUAAUUUUCCAAUCAUUUUGCAUGAACCAGAAGAUUCUGCUGCUGAGGUGAUAUUCAUUCCCUUGCAUCGGGAUGGAACUGAUGGCCAGGCCACCGUCUAUUGGAGUUUGAAGCCCUCUGGCUUUAAUUCAGAAGCAGUGACCAUGGAUGAUAUAGGUCCCUUUAAUGGUUCUGUUGUAUUUUUAUCUGGGCAAAGUGACACAACAAUCAACAUUACUGUCAAGGGUGAUGACAUACCGGAAAUGAAUGAAACUGUAACACUUUCUCUAGACAGGGUAAAUGUGGAAAAUCAAGUGUUGAAAUCUGGAUAUACUACCCGCGACCUAGUUAUUUUGGAAAAUGAUGAUCCUGGGGGAGUUUUUGAAUUUUCUCCUGCUUCCAGAGGACCCUAUGUUAUAAAAGAAGGGGAUUCUGUAGAGCUCCACAUUAUUCGAUCCAGGGGGGCUCUCGUCAAACAAUUUCUACAUUACCGAGUAGAGCCCAGAGACAGCAGUGAAUUCUAUGGAAACACAGGUGUUCUGGAAUUUAAACCUGGGGAAAGAGAAAUAGUAAUCACCUUGCUGUCAAGACUGGAUGGCAUACCAGAGUUGGAUGAGCACUACUGGGUGGUCCUCAGCAGCCACGGUGAAAGGGAAAGCAAGUUGGGAAGUGCUUCCGUUGUCAACAUAACGAUUCUAAAAAAUGAUGAUCCUCACGGGAUUAUAGAGUUUGUUUCUGAUGGUCUAAUUGAGACAAUAAAUGAAAGCAAAGCAGAUAAUAUCUACAGUGCUGUUUAUGGCGUAAUAAGACAUCGAGGAAACUUUGGUGAUGUUAGUGUUUCAUGGGUGGUUAGUCCAGACUUUACACAAGACGUAAUUCCUGUGCAAGGGACAAUUUUCUUUGGAGAUAAGGAAUUUUCAAAAAAUAUCACCCUUUAUUCCCUUCCAGACGAGAUUCCAGAGGAAAUGGAGGAAUUUACCAUUAUCCUACUUAAUGCCACUGGAGGAGCUAAAGUGGGAAAUAAAACAACUGCAACUCUACGGAUUAGAAGAAAUGAUGAUCCCAUUUAUUUUGCAGAGCCUCGUCUGGUGAGGGUUCAGGAAGGAGAGACUGCUAACUUUACAGUCCUCAGAAAUGGAUCUGCAGAUGUUAUCUGCACCGUCCAGUAUGCUACUGUAGAUGGGAAGGCCACAGCCAAAGAGGGAGACUUUGUUCCGGCUGAAAAAGAGGAAACCCUCAUUUUUGAGGUUGGAAGUAGAGAACAGAGCCUAUCUGUAUAUGUUAAUGAAGAUGGUAUCCCCGAAACAGAUGAGGCUUUCUAUAUAAUCCUCUUUAAUUCAACAGGUGAUACAGUAGUAUAUCAAUAUGGAAUAGCUACAGUCAUAAUUGAAGCUAAUGAUGACCCAAAUGGUAUUUUUUCUCUGGAGCCUAUAGACAAAGCAGUGGAAGAAGGAAAGACUAAUGCAUUUUGGAUUUUGAGGCACCAAGGACAUUUUGGUAAUGUGACUGUGGCUUGGCAGCUGUUCCAGAAUGAUUCUGUUCUGCAACAUGGACAAGAAUUCUAUGAAACUUCAGGAACUGUUAAUUUCAUGGAUGGAGAAGGAGCAAAACCAAUAAUUCUCCAUGCUUUUCCAGAUAAAAUUCCCGAAUUCAAUGAAUUUUAUAUUCUAAAGCUCAUAAACAUUACAGGUGGGUCCCCAGGUCCUGGAGGCCAAUUUGCAGAAACCAACCUUCAGGUGACAGUAAUGAUUCCAUUCAAUGAUGACCCUUUUGGAAUUUUCAUCUUGGAUUCUGAGUGCUUAGAGAGAGAAGUGGCAGAAGAUGUGCUCUCAGAAGAUGACAUGUCUUAUAUUACCAACUUCACCAUUUUGAGGCAACAAGGUGUCUUUGGUGAUGUACGAGUAGGCUGGGAAAUCGUGUCCAGUGAGUUCACGUCUGGUCUGCCCCCAAUGAUAGAUUUUCUACUGGUUGGAAUUUUCCCCAGCUCUGUGCAUUUACAACCACACAUGCGGCGUCACCAUACUGGAACAGAUGCUUUGUAUUUCAGUGGACUGGAAGGUGCAUUUGGGACUGUUAAUGCAAAAUAUCACCCCUCUAGGAAUAACACGAUUGCCAACUUCACAUUUUCAGCUUGGGUAAUGCCUAAUGCCAAUACAAAUGGAUUUGUUAUAGCAAAGGAUAAUGGUAAUGGAAGCAUCUACUAUGGGGUGAAAAUUCAAACAAAUGAGUCCCAUGUGACAUUUUCCCUUCAUUAUAAAACUUUGGGAUCCAAUGCUACAUACAUUGCCAAGACAACAGUCAAGAAAUAUUUAGAAGAAGGUGUUUGGCUUCAUCUUAUAAUUAUCCUGGACGAUGGUAUAAUUGAAUUCUACCUGGAUGGAAAUGCAAUGCCAAGAGGAAUCAAGAGUCUGAAAGGGGAAGCCAUUAGUGAUGGUCCUGGAAUAUUGAGAAUUGGGGCAGGAAUGAAUGGUAAUGAUCGGUUUACAGGUCUGAUGCAGGAUGUAAGGUCCUAUGAGAGGAAACUGACCCUUGAAGAAAUUUAUGAACUUCAUGCUAUGCCUUCAAAGAAUGAUUUACAUCCUAUUUCUGGAUAUGUGGAGUUCAGACAGGGAGAAACUAACAAAUCAUUUAUUGUUUCUGCAAGAGAUGACAAUGAAGAAGAAGGAGAAGAGUUAUUCAUUCUCAAACUAGUCUCUGUAUAUGGAGGAGCUCACAUUUCUGAAGAAAAUACUACAGCAAGAUUAAUCAUACAAAAGAGUGACAAUGCCAAUGGCUUGUUUGGUUUCACAGGAGCUUGUAUACCAGAGAUUGCAGAGGAGGGAUCUACCAUUUCAUGUGUGGUGGAACGAACCAGGGGAGCUCUGGAUUAUGUACAUGUUUUUUAUACCAUCUCACAGAUCGAAUCUAAUGGCAUUAAUUACCUUGUUGAUGAUUUUGCUAAUGCCAGUGGAACGAUCACAUUCCUUCCUUGGCAGAGAUCUGAGGUCCUGAAUAUAUAUGUUCUUGAUGAUGAUAUUCCUGAGCUUACUGAGUAUUUUCGGGUGACAUUGGUUUCUGCAAUUCCUGGAGAUGGGAAACUAGGUUCAACUCCUACCAGUGGUGCAAGCAUAGAUCCUGAGAAGGAAACAACAGAUAUCACCGUCAAAGCUAGUGAUCAUCCAUUUGGCUUGCUGCAGUUCUCCACGGGGCUGCCCCCACAGCCUGAGGACCCCAUGAGCCUGCCGGCAAGCAGUGUGCCGAACAUCACUGUGCAGGAGGAGGAUGGAGAGGUCCGGUUAUUGGUGGUCCGUGCACAAGGACUCCUGGGGAGGGUGACUGCGGAAUAUAGAACAGUGUCCCUGACAGCUUUCAGUCCUGAGGACUACCAGAAUGUUGCUGGCACAUUAGAAUUUCAACCAGAAGAAAGAUAUAAAUACAUUUUUGUCAACAUCACUAAUAAUUCUAUCCCUGAACUGGAAAAAUCUUUUAAAGUUGAGUUGUUAAACCUGGAGGGAGGAGUGACUGAACUCUUUAGGGUUGAUGGCAGUGGUAGUGGUGAUGGGGACAUGGAAUUCUUCAUUCCAACUAUUCACAAACGUGCCAGUCUAGGAGUGGCUUCCCAGAUUCUAGUGACAAUAGCAGCCUCUGACCAUGCUCAUGGUGUGUUUGAAUUUAGCCCGGAGUCACUCUUUGUCAAUGGAACGGAACCAGAAGAUGGACAUAGCACUGUUAUGUUAAAUUUUCAAAGCAUUCUGGAAUCUCUCCGCUUUUCUUCUCUUUUAGUUCCAAAUUCUCCACGCCUGGGACCUAAGGUAGAAACUGUAGCCCAUCUAAUUAUCCUUGCCAACGACAAUGCAUUUGGAACCCUUCAGCUUUCAGCGCCAGUGGUUCGAGUGACAGAAAAUCAUGUUGGACCCAUUAUCAAUGUGACUAGAACAGGAGGAGCAUUUGCAGAUGUUUCUGUGAAGUUUAAAGCUGUGCCAAUAACUGCAGUAGCUGGUGAAGAUUACAGUAUAGCUUCAUCAGAUGUGGUCUUGCUGGAAGGGGAAACCAGUAAAGCUGUGCCAAUAUACAUAAUUAACGACAUCUACCCUGAACUGGAAGAAUCUUUCCUUGUGCAGCUGCUGAAUCAAACAACAGGAGGAGCGAAACUAGGGACUUUGACAGAGGCUGUCAUUAUUAUUGAGGCUUCUGAUGACCCCUACGGAUUAUUUGGUUUUCAGAUUACUAAACUUAUUGUAGAGGAACCUGAGUUUAACUCAGUGAAGGUAAACCUGCCAAUAAUUCGAAAUUCUGGGACACUCGGCAAUGUUACUAUUGAGUGGGUUGCCACCAUUAAUGGACAGCUUGCUACUGGCGACCUGCGAGUUGUCUCAGGUAAUGUGACCUUUGCCCCUGGGGAAACCAUUCAAACCUUGUUGUUAGAGGUCCUGGCUGACGACGUUCCGGAGAUUGAAGAGGUUAUCCAAGUGCAACUAACUGAUGCCUCUGGUGGAGGUACUAUUGGGUUAGAUCCAGUGGCAAAUAUUAUUAUUCCUGCCAAUGAUAAUCCAUAUGGCACAGUAGCCUUUGUUCAGUCAGUUUAUCGUGUUCAAGAGCCUCUGGAAAGAAGUUCCUGUGCUAACAUCACUGUCAGGCGAAGUGGAGGGCACUUUGGGCAGCUGUUGUUGUUCUACAGUACUUCCGACAUUGAUGUAGUGGCUCUUGCAGUUGAGGAAGGCGAAGAUUUACUGUCCUACUAUGAAUCACCAAUUCAAGGGGUGCCUGACCCACUUUGGAGAACUUGGGUGAAUGUCUCUGCAGCAGGGGAGCCCCAGCACACCUGUGCCACUCUGUGCCUCAAAGAACAUGCUUGCUUGGCGUUUUCAUUUUUCAGUGCUUCUGAGGGUCCUCAGUGUUUUUGGAUGACAUCCUCCAUCAACCCAUCUGUCAAUCAUUCAGACUUCUGGACCUACAGGAAAAACAUGACCAGGGUAGCAUCUCUUUUUAGUGGUCAAGCUGUGGCUGGUAGUGACUAUGAGCCUGUGACAAGGCAGUGGGCCAUAAUGCUGGAAGGGGAUGAAAUUGCAAACCUCACAGUUUCUAUUCUUCCUGAUGAUUUUCCAGAAAUGGAUGAGAGUUUCCUAAUUUCUCUCCUUGAAGUUCAUCUCAUGAACAUCACAGCCACUUUUGAAAAUCAGCCAACCAUUGGACAGCCAAAUACUUCUACAGUUACCAUAGCACUAAAUGGUGAUGCCUUUGGAGUGUUUGUGAUUUAUAGUAUUAGUCCCAAUACCUCCGAAGAUGGCUUGUUUGUCGAAGUUCAGGAGCAGCCUCAGACCUCAGUGGAGCUGGUGAUCCACAGGACAGGAGGCAGCUUAGGUCAGGUGACUGUUGAAUGGCGUGUUGUUGGUGGAACAGCUACUGAAGGUUUAGAUUUUAUAGGUGCUGGAGACAUUCUGACUUUUGCUGAAGGUGAAACCAAAAAGACAGCCAUUUUAACCAUUCUGGAUGAUUCUGAUCCAGAGGAUGAUGAAAGCAUCAUAGUUAGUUUGGUGUACACUGAAGGAGGAAGUAGAAUUUUGCCCAGUUCCGACACUGUGAGAGUGAACAUUUUGGCCAAUGACAAUGUGGCGGGAAUUGUUAGCUUUCAGACUGCUUCCAGAUCUGUCAUUGGUCAUGAAGGUGGGUUCCUUUUUCUGAGCACAUUCAUUUUCUUUUCUAUGGGGACAAUGAAUCAAACAAUAUUGGUGCAUUUGUUGGAUGAUAACAUUCCUGAGGAAAAAGAAGUGUAUCAAGUCAUUCUGUACGAUGUCAGGACACAAGGAGUUCAAAAGACUCAGUUAAUUCAUUACAGACUGAAAGAUUCAGAAGGCUUGACUGCACAAAUCAUUAUUGAUGCCAACGAUGGUGCCCGAGGGAUGAUCCAAUGGCAGCACAGCAGAUUUGAAGUAAACGAAACCCAUGAAAGUGUAAUAUUGGUAGUGCACAGGAGUGGAGAGGCUCCUGGCCAUGUGUCCUUGUUCGUGUACGCCCAGAAUUUGGAAGCACAACUGGGGCUGGAUUACAUCUUCACCCCAGUGAUUCUUCAUUUUUCUGAUGGAGAAAGACAUAAAAAUAUAGAAAUCAUGAUUCUUGAUGAUGACAUUCCAGAAGGAGAUGAAAAAUUUCAGCUCAUUUUAACAAAUCCUUCUCCUGGAUUGGAUCUGGGGCAACAGACAAUAGGCUUCUGCAGCAGCAAACUGCAAGGUGGCCUCCUCAAGAUGGCUUCCAUGUCAGGUCUUCCCUUGUCAAAAUUAUAUUCUUUUUCUGCUUUCCACAAUUUCAGAGCCACUUCUAUAGAUAUUGAAGAAACCAACAGAACGGUAUACUUAAAUGUGUCUCGUACUAAUGGCAUUGAUUUAGCUGUGAGUGUGCAGUGGGAGACGAUAUCUCAAACAGCCUUUGGCAUGAGUAUGUUUAGUUUUUUUUCCCAAGUAAGAUAUUUUACUUCAGACAGUCAAGAUUAUUUAAUUGUUGCAAGUCAAAGAGAGGAUUCCGAAUUAACUCAGGCUAGUGAUAUGCAGCAUGAUUGCAAUGCUGGGCAGCAGCAAGGAGUGCAGCUUCCAGUUGGCCCCAUAAUCACGGUGCAAACAGCAGAGAUUGCAUUCUUCCACAUACUUGUACUUGGCCAAGAAGGGUCUGCUCUUUACUGCUGGAAUUCAGAGCUGAAUCAGUUCUCAUUUGUUCUGGAAGCACCUUCUGCUCAGGAUGCAUAUUCUGUUACAGUAAAGUCCCUUAAUUCAAGCAAGAAUUUAAUUGCUGUUGUGGGAGCUGCCCAGUCACACAUGUAUGAGCUGGCCUACAUCUCCAGCCAGUCUGACUUUAUUCCUAGUUCAGGUGAACUGAUAUUUGAACCUGGGGACAGAGAAGCUACAAUAGCAGUAAAUAUUCUUGAUGAUGUAGUUCCAGAAGAAGAAGAAUCCUUCAAAGUUCAGCUUAAAAAUCCCAAAGGUGGAGCAGAGAUUGGUAGCAAUGGCUAUGUGAAAAUAACUAUUCUGUCUAAUGAUGAUGCCUAUGGAGUUGUUGGAUUUGCUCAGAAUUCAUUAUUUAAGCAAAUAGAAGAAAUGGAGCAAGAUAGCCUGGUAACCUUGAAUGUUGAGCGCUUAAAAGGCACAUAUGGCCGUAUAACUGUAGCAUGGGAAGCUGAUGGAAGUAUUGAUGAUAUAUUUCCUACCUCAGGAGUGAUUUCAUUUACUGAAGGCCAGGCACUGUCUACAAUUACUCUAACUGUUCUUGCUGAUGAUAUACCAGAGUUAUCAGAGGUUGUGACCAUAACACUAACCCGAAUUGCCACAGAAGGGGUUGAGGACCCAUCAAAAGGUGCUACUAUUGAUCAGAAAAGAAACAAGUCCGUGAUAACUACUCUGCCCAGUGACUCUCCCUAUGGCCUCGUGGGCUGGCAUGCCAAGUCUCUCUUCACCAGAGUAGCAGAGCCUAAAGUCCUAGCUACAAGGGAGAUUGAGGCAGGAAAAUUUCUUGGGCCCAGGAGCUCAAGACUAGAUGAUGCUCCUGAGUUGGAAGAAGGAUUUAUCAUCAUCAUCACUGAGGUAAACCUGGUGAACUCUGACUUCUCUGCAGAGCAGCCAAGUGUACAGAGACCAGGAAUGGAAACAGCUGAGAUAACGACUGAGGAAAAUGAUGAUCCCAGAGGAAUUUUUAUAUUUCAUGUUACUAGGGAUGUUGGUGGAGUUAUUACUGCUCAUGAGGUGCCUCCACCCUUGAACGUUCUUCAGGUUCCUGUAGUCCGGCUGGCUGGAAGUUUCGAGACAGUAAAUGUUUAUUGGAAAGCAAUACCAGGCACUGCUGGCCUGGAAGACUUUAAUCCAUCUCAAGGGAUUCUUGAAUUUGCAGAUGGGCAAGUUACUGCAGUGAUACAAAUCACCAUAAUUGAUGAUGCUGAGGUUGAACUCAUGGAGAUGUUCAAUAUUUCCUUAAUCCAUGUGGCUGGAGGUGGCAGACUGGGGGAUGAUGUUGUGGUAACUGUGAUUAUUCCACAGAAUGAUUCUCCACUUGGAGUAUUUGGAUUUGAAAAACAGACUAUAAUGGUCAAUGAUUCCCUGUUAUCUGAUGAGAAUUCAUAUGUGACAUUGACAGUUGUCCGGUCCCCAGGGGGAAAGGGCGCUGUCCGACUUCGGUGGACUGUAGACGAGAAAGCUAAGGAUAAUCUCAGUCCUCUAAGUGGGACACUUCAUUUUGAUGAGAUGGAGUCUCAGAAGACCAUUGUAUUGCAUGCACUGCAAGACACCAUGUUGGAAAAGGACAGGCAUUAUACAAUUCAGCUGUUGCCAAUUGAUGAGGUAGAAAUAUCUCCGGCAAAAGGUAGUGCAUCAAUAAUCAUUCUGGGAGAAAGGGGAGCGCCAGGAGAAGUUGGGAUAGCUCCAUCAUCUAGGCAUGUCCUCAUUGGGGAGCCUUCAGCUAAAUAUAAUGGUACUGCUAUCAUCAGCCUUGUUCGCGGCCCAGCGAUCUGGGGGGAGGUCACAGUGUUCUGGAGAAUCAUCCCUCCUUCUGUGGGGGUGUUUGCUCAAACAUCAGGAAAACUGACAAUGCGAGAUGGACAGUCUGCAGCCAUUGUAGUGAUACAGGCUUUGAAUGAUAAUAUUCCUGAGGAAAAGUCUUUCUAUGAGUUUCAGCUCACUGAAGUCAGCGAGGGAGGAGUGCUGAGUGACUCCAGAAGCACGGCCAACAUCACUGUGGUGGCCAGUGACUUUCCCUAUGGCCGAUUUUCCUUUUCACAGGAGCAGCUUCGAGUAUCAGAGGAAGCACUGGGGGUUAAUGUCACAGUCAUCCGUUCGGGUGGAUAUUUUGGCCUGGUGAGACUCUGGUACAAGACUGUGAGCGGGACAGCAGAUGCUGGCUCAGAUUUUGUUUCUGCAUCAGGGGAGCUCCUCUUUGAAGCCAGAGAGACGGUGAAGAGUCUGCUUGUUGAAAUCCUUGAUGACGACCAUCCUGAAGGCCCUGAAGAAUUUUCUAUAGCAAUUCUAAAGGUGGAACUCCAGGGAAGAGGAUAUGAUUUUACCAUCCAAGAAAAUGGACUUCAGAUAGAUCAACCUCCUGAAAUAGGAAACACCUCUGUUGUUCGAAUCAUAAUAAUGAAAAAUGAUAAUGCAGAGGGAAUCAUUGAAUUUGACCCAAAGUAUACUACUUUCAAAGUGGAGGAGGAUGUUCGAGCAAUUGCGAUCCCAGUGGUGAGGCUGCAUGGAACUUAUGGCAUUGUGACUGCUGAUGUCAUCUCCCAGAGCUCCUCUGCUGUUCCAGGGGGCGUCAGUUAUAUGCUGCACAGCAGUUCAGUCACCUUUCAGCAUGGACAGAACUUAAGUUUUAUAAAUGUCUCCAUCACUGAUGGCAGUGAAAGUGAAUUUGAGGAGCCUUUUGAAAUUCUUCUCACUGGAGCUACUGGUGGAGCGAUCCUUGGGCGCCACCUAGUGAGCAGAAUCACCAUCACCAAGAGUGAAUCUCCAUUUAGCACUAUAAGAUUUCUCAAUCAAAGCAAAAUUUCUGUUCCUAACCCCAAUUCCACAAUGAUUUUAUCCUUGGUCCUCGAAAGAACUGGAAGACUCUUAGGAGAGAUUCAGGUAAACUGGGAGAUAGUAGGACCCAAUUCUCAGGAAACCUUACCACCACAGAACAGAGACAUUGCAGACCCAGUGAGCGGAUCAUUCUUUUUUGGAGAUGGAGAAGAUGGAGUGAGGACCAUAAUUCUGGCAAUCUAUCCUCAUGAAGAAAUUGAAGUUGAAAAGACUUUUGUAAUUAAACUUAAACUUGUGAAAGGAGACGCUAACUUAGACUCCAGAGCUAAAGAUAUUACAUUAACUAUACAAAAGUUUGGUGAUCCAAAUGGAGUUGUUCAUUUUGCUCCUGAGUCUUUAUCUAAGAAGACUUAUGUGGAGCCACCAGAUUUGGAAGGACCACUGGUCAUCACUUUCUUUGUCAGAAGGGUAAAGGGCACCUUUGGAGAAAUUACGAUUUACUGGGAAUUAAGUAGUGAGUUUGAUAUCACUGGUGACUUUAUUUCCACAAAUGGAUUUUUCACCAUGGCUGAUGGAGAGACUGAUGCAAGCUUUGAUGUUCAUUUGCUGCCAGAUGAUAUACCUGAGAUAGAGGAGGACUGUGUGAUGCAGCUAGUUUCUGUAGAGGGAGGAGCAGAACUGGAUGUGGAAAAAUGCAUCACAUGGUUCUCUGUGUCUGCAAGUGAUGAUCCACAUGGAGUAUUUGCCUUGUAUCCAGAUCACCAGUCAAUACUUAUUGGACAGGACCUUAUUAGAUCUGUCCAAAUUAAUAUCACCAGGCUUGCUGGCACAUUUGGAGAUGUGGCUGUUAGAUUUCGAAUAUCAUCUGAUCAUAAAGAACAGCUAGUUGCUACAAAAAAUGCAGAGAUGCAGCUGGUGGUUCAAGAUGGUGCCAGAUAUAAAGUUGACAUGGUUCCAAUAAAGAAUCAGGUCUUUCUGUCACUGGGCUCCAAUAUCACCUUGCAGCUAGUGACUGUGAUGCUCCUCAGUGGAAAUGUCUAUGGAAUGCCAACCAUUCUCCAGGAAGCAAAAUCUGCUGUACUUCCAGUCCCCGAAGAAGCAGCCAAUUCUCAGGUUGGAUUUGAAUCCACUGCUUUUCAACUCACGGAUAUCACUGCUGGCACAAGCCAAGUUAUGAUUUCUAGGACAGGAACAUAUGGUGCUCUCUCAGUGACCUGGACCACAGGAUAUGCUCCUGGGUUAGAAAUCCCUGAGUCCAUCACUGUUGGUAACAUGACCCCAAUACUGGGGAGCCUGUCAUUUUCCCAUGGUGAACAAAGGAAAGGAGUUUUGCUGUGGACCUUCCCCAGCCCUGGUCGGCUGGAGGCCUUCGUCAUUCACCUGUCAGGUGUGCGGAGCAGUGCUCCUGGUGGAGCCCAACUCCGAUCAGGUUUCACCAUUGCUGAAAUUGAACCUAUGGGAGUCUUCCAGUUUUCCCCUAGUUCAAGAAGUAUCACGGUUUCAGAAGAUAUACAGAUAAUCAGAUUACAUGUGCAAAGACUGUUUGGGUUCCACAGUGAUCUUAUUAAAGUUUCCUAUGAGACAACUCCAGGAAGUGCAAAGCCACUGGAAGACUUUGAGCCUAUACAGAAAGGGGAAAUGUUUUUUCAAAAAUUCCAAGCUGAAGUUGAUUUUGAAAUAACCAUUAUUAACGAUCAGCUUCAUGAGAUGGAAGAAACUUUUUAUGUUAAUCUUACUUCAGUAGAAAUUCAGGGACUACAAAAGUUUGAUGCUAAUUGGAGACCACGCCUGAAUCUAGAUUUCAGUGUUGCAGUGAUCACAAUAUUGGAUAAUGAUGAUGUGGCAGGCAUGGAUGUUUCUGUCCCUUUGACAGCUGUGGCUGUCGUAGUUGAUACCACUCUCAUUCCUAUAGAAACUGACUCUACCACAUAUCCUGGCACAAGCGAGUUAACUACCAUUCCUCAGACAACUGAGAUGGCUGCCAUCAUUACUGAGACAACUGGUCUGUCUGCCACCCCUGAGAAUCUUGUCACCGUUCAUGGUUCAUCUACCAUGCCUGAGAAGCCUGACAUGACCACUGUAACUGCCAGUAUUUCCAUUCACGGAACUUUUAGUCUUGGCCCCCCCAUUGUUUAUGUUGAAGAGGAGAUGAAGAAUGGCACAUUCAAUACUGUGGAAAUUCAUAUCCAAAGAACUGGUGGGUUUGAAGGCAAUGUCAGUGUAACAGUUAAAACUUUUGGCAAGAGAUGUGCUCAGAAGGAACCAAAUGCGUUGCCUUUUCAGGAUAUUUAUGAAACCUCCAACUGGACAUGGGCAGUUGAAGAAGAAGACUUUGAAGAACAAAGUCUUAUCCUUAUGUUUCUGGAUGGAGAAAGAGAACGCAAAGUAUCUGUUCCAAUUUUGGAUGAUGAUGAGCCUGAAGGGCAGGAAUUCUUCUUUGUGUUCCUCACAGACCCUCAAGGGGGAGCACAGAUUGUGAAGGGAAAGGAUGCCACUGGAUUUGCAGCUUUUGCCAUGGUUGUUAUUGCAGGAAGUGAUCUCCACAAUGGAUUCAUAGGAUUCAGUGAGGACUCCCAGGAUGGGCUUGAACUGGGGGAAGGAGCUGAUAUGAGGAGACUGCAUCUUCUUGUCACAAGGCAGCCAAACAGAGCCUUUGAAGAUGUCCAGGUCUCUUGGAGAGUCACACUUAAUAAAACAGCCAUUGUUCUCCAGAAAGAAGGAGUGAACCUGAUGGAUGAACUUCUGUCUGUGUCAGGAAACACGACGUGUACAGCAGGUCAAACACAAUGCUUCAUCAGCCUUGAACUUAAGCCAGGGAAGAUACCUCAAGUUGAAGUAUAUUUUUUCGUGGAACUCUAUGAAGUCACUUCUGGAGCAGCAAUAAACAACAGUGCCAGAUUUGCACAGAUUAAAGUCUUACAAAGUGAUGAACCUCUAAGUCUUGUGUAUUUUUCUGUGGGCUCUCGGCUGGCAGUGGCUGAGAAGAAGGCCACUUUAAUCAGUUUGCAGGUGGAAAGAGAUUCUGGGACAGGACUGAUGAUAUCUGUUAACUUUAGUACUCAGGUAAGCUUACAGCCUGUAGUCACAUGUAUUAAGCUCAGUGCUGUGGUGCAUCUAAUAGAAAAGAUAACUGUUGAAGGAAAAAAUCAAGUUUUCAGUAUCAAAAGCAGAACUCUUUUCUAUGAGAUUCUUUGUGCUCUUGUUAAUCCAAAGCGCAAGGAUACAAGAGGAUUCAUCCACUUUACAGAAGUGACUGAAGAUUUUGCCUUUUCUCUGCUGACCAAUGUUACCUGUGGCUCUCCUGGUGAAAAAAGUAAAACCAUCCUUGACAGUUGCCCAUACUUGUCAAUACUGGCUCUUCACUGGUAUCCUCAGCAAAUCAAUGGGCACAAGUUUGAAGGAAAGGAAGGGGAUUAUAUUAGAAUUCCAGAGAAGUUAUUGGAUGUCUCAGAUGCACAAAUAAUGGCUGGGAAAAAUUCAUGUAAAUUAGUCCAGUUUACAGAGUAUAGCAGUCAGCAGUGGUUUAUAACUGGUAACAAUCUUCCUGCCCUGAAAAACAAGGUAUUGUCUUUGAGAAUAGUGACUAUUGUUUUUUGUUCCAGCUGGUUGUCUGACAGUCAGUUUUGCAAAGUGGUUGAGGACACUGCAGAUUAUGUGGAAUGUGCCUGUUCACACAUGUCCCUGUAUGCUGCCUACGCCCAGACUGACAACUUGUCUUCAUACAACGAAGCCUUUUUCUCUUCCGGAUUUAUAUGUAUAUCAGGUCUUUGCUUGGCGGUUCUUUCCCACAUCUUCUGUGCCAGGUACUCCAUGUUUGCAGCUAAACUUCUGACUCACAUGAUGGCAGCCAGCUUAGGUACACAGAUUGUGUUCCUGGUAUCUGCAUAUGUAAGUCCCCAACUCACUGAGGACAGCUGUUCAGCCAUGGCUGCCAUCACACAUUACCUGUAUCUUUGCCAAUUUAGCUGGAUGCUCAUUCAGUCUGUGAAUUUCUGGUACGUGCUUGUGAUGAAUGACGAACACACAGAGAGGAGGUAUCUGCUGUUUUUCCUUCUGAGUUGGGGCCUUCCAUCUUUUGUGGUGAUUCUCCUCAUAGUUAUUUUGAAGGGUGUCUAUCAUCAGAGCAUGGCACAGAUCUACGGACUCAUUCACGGUGACCUAUGUUUCAUUCCAAACAUCUACGCAGCCCUGUUUACCGCGGCCCUUGUUCCUUUGAUGUGCCUGGUGGUGGUGUUCGUGGUGUUCAUCCACGCCUACCAGGUGAAGCCACAGUGGAAAGCCUACGACGAUGUAUUCAGAGGGAGAACCAACGCUGCAGAAAUUCCACUGAUUUUAUAUCUCUUUGCCCUGAUUUCUAUGGCAUGGCUCUGGGGAGGACUGCACAUGGCCUACAGACAGUUCUGGAUGUUGGUUCUCUUUGUCAUUUUCAACAGUCUGCAGGGACUUUAUGUUUUUGUGGUCUAUUUCAUUCUACACAACCAAAUGUGUUGCCCUAUGAAGGCCAGCUAUACCGUGGAAAUGAAUGGCCACCCAGGACCCAGCACAGCCUUCUUCACCCCAGGGAGUGGAAUGCCUCCUGCUGGGGGUGAAAUCAGCAAGUCCACCCAGAAUCUUAUCAGUGCUAUGGAAGAGGUGCCACCUGACUGGGAGAGAGCGUCCUUCCAACAAGCCAGUCAGGCCAGCCCUGAUUUGAAGACAAGUCCACAAAAUGGAGCUACGUUUCCUACUGCAGGAUAUGGCCAGGGGUCAUUGAUAGCAGAUGAAGAGUCACAGGAGUUUGAUGACUUGAUAUUUGCAUUAAAAACUGGUGCUGGUCUCAGUAUCAGUGAUAAUGAAUCUGGUCAAGGCAGCCAGGAGGGAGGCACCUUGACUGACUCCCAGAUUGUAGAACUCAGGAGGAUACCCAUCGCCGACACCCACCUCUAAGGCCUCACUAACUGUUCAAAUGAGGAUACUUUCACAGUUGUCUUGGUUUUGUACUAAGCCUCUAAGUACAUGCAGCUGUGAAAUAGGAAUCCAUGAGUUGUACUGAUUAACACAGAAGUGAUUGUUAUAUUUGGAAUAUAAAUGACUUAUAUUUCUGCAACCUGAAAAUACACUGCUAUAUAAAUACCCAUUUAAAUAGGUUAAUAGGAUAUACAUAUUACAAGAAUAUUAGUUGACUUUUAGUCAUUUUACUUGGCUAACAUUGUUUAAUGGAAGUAAUAACCAAUAAAAACACUGGGAUUCACUUGGCAUCAUGAAGGCUCAUUAUUUGAGGAAAUGGGCAUGAGCAAAAAAGCAAAGUGUAUCUAGAUGGUGUCGCAUAUCUGUGUUCUUCUAGCACUGAUUCAGUGACCUGGAUCAAGACUUCACUGCAUCUAGGAGACUUAAUUCCUGAGAUCCAUAAAAUUAUGUUGUGCUGAGGGUUCUGCACCUAAGUGCUGACAGGGAUGCUGCAGUUAACAUAGUCUUUCGCCAACAGUAUAUAUUUCUGCUCAUCAUAAAAUUAGGGAUCUGAACUCUUUCCAGAAUGAAUGUCUUGUCCCAGAUAAAAAUAACUCCACCAAGCCUUUCACACAGCUGAGAAGUGGAUCAUUCAAACAAUACAGAGUUUGUUUUGGAAAAAAAUAAAUUCUUGUUUUG